AAGAUUGGUACUGCCGGCCACCACAAAUUAGUCUUGAAAUUGUGAAUUAUUUUUUAUUGCAGCUAUCAUUUAUGGAAUUAUUUCCAUAUCACUCAUAUCGUUGUCAUCAUUAAGUGGAGUUUUUACGAUUCCCCUACUUAAAAAAAGAGGUCGAAAUCGGUAUAUGAAUAUAUUUAUAGCAUUGGCAAUAUCCACAUUAAGUGCUGACACCAUUCUUCAUAUAAUUCCUUUGAUGAUGCGUGUGCAUAGGCAUAGCCAUGGUUAUUUUUAUGGUGGUGAAAUUCAUAGUAAUUCUUGCAAUCAUCUUCAACUUCAUUCUAGCAAAAGUAACAAACUUGCAACAUUAGCAGCGGAAAGUGGAACAGCGAAUGAACAUGCACACAACCAUUCAGAACAUCAUGAGAAAAGCCAUUCUGAUCACCACGGUCAUAGAAACUCAGAAUACCAGGAUCGCAGUAAUUCAGUGCAUCAGAGUCACAACCAUUUCAAUAAAUCUGAUCGCAGCUGUUUAGGCAACCAUGCACACAUAUAUUCUGAAAGCCAUAGACGCAGCAGUUCAAGGCAUGGCCACAGUCACUUUACAUACCAUAGUGUAACCAUUCAGGAAAUCAUUUGCAAGAAUUCUAAAAGGAAUGCUACUUUGAGCUUAGAAGAUAAACCAGUUAUAUUUUGUGGCCUGAAGACAGUUGCAAUUACAAUACUUCUCGGUGAUGCCCUUCACAAUUUUAUUGAUGGAAUUGCAGUUGGUGCAAGCUUCGCUAUGUCAUUUACUCUUGGGGUAUCCACUAGCCUGGCAGUUAUUUUUCACGAAUUACCGCAUGAAGUUGGAGAUUUCAUUGUACUUAUCGAAAGUGGUUUGUCCAUACCGAAAGCUAUAACUCUAAACUUUCUUUCCGCAUUGACAGCCUUUGCUGGUCUCUUUAUUGGUUUGGCUGCGAUUGCUAUCGAUAAUGCUGUCGAAAUUUUAUUAGCUGUCACAGCGGCAAUAUUUCUCUAUAUUGCUUGGAUUGAAAUGCUUAUUCACCUGAAACGAACGAUUUGCGAUGAUCCAUGGUAUUUAACUUUAAUUUUACAGUCGAUUGGAUUUCUUUCCGGAUUUAUUUUAAUGUUCCUUGUCGCGUGGUACGAACAUUAUUUUCACUGA